CCCACCCCGACCUCAAAAACACCAACCCCGCGAGCGCCACCACCACCACCACCACCAUACCAUUCCGUCCGCAGGAAUAAGGAAGCGAGCUCCCCUCCACCGGCUUCCCCGUCCCUCCUCCCAGCGAUCGCGCCUCCUCCCAGGCGUCCCAGCGGCGGUCGGGUCGCCGGGUUCGAUCGGCGCUGGUCCUGGGUCCGGGCCCUCCCAUGGCGUCGCCGGAGCAGGAGGCGGCGGUCGCCGCGGCCGUCGUGGAGGACGUGAUGCGGCAGCAGGGUGGAGGAUGCGGCGGCUCAGGAGGAGGAGGAGGAGGAGGAGACACAGUUGGGUCCUGGAGGAACCUCGACCUUGCCUGGCGCAAGGCGGAGGAAGCUGCAAUAAGAAGGUAUGAGGCAGCCAACUGGUUGCGAAGGAUAGUUGGGGUAGUGUGUGCGAAGGACCUUGCAGAAGAGCCUUCUGAGGAGGAAUUCCGUGUUGGCCUGAGAAAUGGCAUUAUUCUCUGCAAUGCACUUAAUAAGAUUCAACCUGGUGCUGUACUCAAGGUUGUGGAGGUGCCAUCGGAUUCUACUGUCCAUGCCGAUGGUACAGGUCUCUGUGCAUAUCAGUACUUUGAGAAUGUGAGGAAUUUCCUCAUUGGCCUGCAAGAUUUAGGUCUUCCAACAUUUGAGGCAUCAGACCUGGAAAAGGGUGGACAAGGUGUUCGAGUUGUAGACUGUGUUCUUGCUCUGAAGUUAUUUUGUGAUGCUAAGCAAGUGGGAAAACAAUCUCCAUUCAAAUAUGGUGGCAUUGUAAAGCCCUUGUCUGCAAAGCAUUCCAUUCGCAAGAAUAAUGAACCUUUUACGAAGGUGAUGAUGAGGAGUCACUCAGCUGAAUUACUUCGAGAUGGCAUAUCACUGGAGCAAAUAGGUCUUGAUUUUUCUCUAGAACCUACUGAAACAACUACUCCAGACUCCAUCCGGAUGCUUGUUCAAACAGUUCUCUCAGAUAAGAAACCAGAAGAAAUUCCAUCAGUUGUAGAAUCACUCUUGAGCAAAGUAAUUAAUGAAUUUGAGCGCCGUAUUGCAAGCCAGAGUGAAUUGGUGAAAGACACUAUGGAACAGGUGAAAGACACUAUGGAUACAAAUGACCGUAACUCAGUUUUGAGAAUUGACUCUCCCUUUGACACCAAUGUCAGUAAGUCAUUAUCCAGAGUGGACUCUCCACAAGUGGAGUCUACUUCCCACAGUGAUCUGGAAAAGGCCACUGAAAAAAUUAAGAUGGACGAAGUUGAGAAGAAUGCGUCGAGUCUGAUGGAAGAUGUAAGCACAUUAGUACCUGCACCACUAAGCAAUGAUAAUGUCAACAAACAUAUGCCAAAGCCAGUGAGAAAUUUUGAUCGAGAACAGAAACAGAUCCAGGAUUUGAAAAGUAACAUGUCCACUGUUAAGUCUUGCAUGGAGAAGUUAAAACUGCUGUACUCUGAAGACCUUAAAAAGCUUGGUGAUCAUUUGCGUAUUGUUUCUCAUGCGGCUUCUGGAUACCGUAAGGUUGUUGAGGAAAACCGCAAGCUUUACAACCAAAUACAAGACCUUAGAGGAAAUAUCAGAGUUUACUGUCGAGUGAGACCUUUCCUUCCUGGAAAAGUAAGUUCCUCGAGCAGUGUUGCUGGAAUAGAAGAUAGAACCAUCACACUUAUGGUACCAUCAAAAUAUGGAAAAGAUGCAAAGAAGUCUUUUACUUUCAACAGUGUCUUUGGGCCCCUGGCCACACAAGAGGAGGUCUUUACAGACAUGCAACCUUUGGUCCGUUCUGUUCUUGAUGGCUUCAAUGUUUGUAUAUUUGCAUAUGGCCAAACUGGAUCGGGAAAGACAUUUACAAUGAGUGGUCCCAAAAUUUUGACAGAAGAAGGGCUCGGUGUCAACUACAGAGCACUAAAUGAUCUAUUCAGUAUCCAGGAGCAGCGGAAAGAUACAAUUUGUUAUGAAAUUGCUGUACAGAUGAUGGAAGUCUACAACGAGCAAGUGAGAGAUCUCCUUCAGAAUGGUGGAAACAAAAAAUUGGAAAUUCGAAAUAAUUCUCAGAAAGGAAUUGCAGUUCCAGAUGCAAAUGUGGUUCCAGUCACAUCGACUUCUGAUGUAAUUGACUUGAUGAAUCUUGGCCAAAAGAAUCGUGCAGUUUGCUCAACUGCCAUGAAUGACCGAAGUAGUCGCUCCCAUAGCUGUCUGACUGUUCAUGUUCAAGGACGAGAUUUAACAUCUGGAACAGUCCUAAGAGGUUGCAUGCAUCUUGUGGAUCUAGCUGGCAGUGAAAGAGUUGAUAAAUCUGAAGUGGUAGGAGAUAGAUUAAAGGAGGCAGCACACAUAAACAAGUCACUGGCUGCAUUAGGCGAUGUGAUUGCAGCCCUAGCCCAGAAAAGCACACAUGUUCCUUACAGAAAUAGCAAACUUACUCAACUAUUACAAGACUCUCUUGGAGGACAAGCGAAAACACUGAUGUUUAUUCACAUAGCUCCAGAACCAGAUGCUAUUAGUGAGUCCAUAAGUACUUUGAAGUUUGCCGAGCGUGUUGCCACUAUUGAGCUUGGAGCAGCCAAGUCAAACAAGGAAGGAGGAGAAGUCAGAGAGCUCAAAGAACAGAUUGCUUGCCUCAGGGCAGCAUUAGCUAGGAAAGAUGGAGAUCAUGAGAGCAUACGAAGCACUCAAUCAAGCCCAGACAUAUAUAGAAUGAUAAUGGGUAAUGCAUCACCUGCAUCGAGGCACCCAAUAGAAGAUGGAAGUAUAGAGAACGACUCAGCAUUGGGAGAUUUAGCUGAGCACUCACAGUUCGGGAGCAGCAAUUCCCUGCCAGAGUUGGGAGCUGAUGGCACACAAGAUCCUGCCUUCUACCAAAGAAGCAGCCCUGAACAGCAAUGGAGCUGGUCUGGGUCUGUUGCAACAGAGGAUUCCGAUGAUUUCGAGGUUGCAACUAAUUGCUCGUCAGAUCUAGAUUGUGUGAGACCAUCUAGUGCCCCAAAAGCUUCAGGUUUAGCAAAUGGAGGGGGCUCAGCUGCAAGAAAGACCCAACUCAAGGGUGCAAAAAGUUCAGACCUUAGAGUGAAUCCUGCAAAAAGGUCAUCGCCAUUACAGAAAAAGUUGAGUGCACCCUCACCGACGCUAACCAAGAAGAGCGGAGUCGAAGCAAAGAAAACUCCAAAUGGUAAAACAGGAACCAGGAAGUAAGCAAUCCAGAUGAAACUUGGUUUUGUUGUGACCAACUUCACCAUGGUCAAGGACAGAUAAACAUGUUGAUCCUGGGUGAUGCAUUGAUGUUUGUCAGAUGAAUAUGUCAGUCCUUUUGAGAGAGGUUGCUUGAUCUUCAGCCAUAUGCUGUAAAUCACUCGUUUCAUUUUUGUUGUAGUACAGAUAGAAAACAAGCCGGAAAAACCUCCAGGAUGGGAAGAGAUCAUGGCCACAAGGAUGUUUUAACCUUCUGAUGACUUCAUGAAUCAUGAGUCACGUCCAACCCUGUGAUUGGUUGCAUGUAAAUUUUUGUGGUAUUCCUUACAGGAUGAAGAUGCUAACCAUACGUGACUUCACAAAAGAGGAUAUAAUCCUUCUAGUCCCAGAAGAUUGCCAUUUUUCAGUCAUGGUCAUGGUCAUGAAUACAUUACUUUAACAACAAUUACAUGUGCGAAAUUAAAGCUUGUGAACAAAAUUGAAUAUUUCAAAGUUUGAAA